AUGUUUUUUUUAAGUAGUAGUCAGGGUUCUGAGGUUUGGUUCUAUCUGCCUGUCCUGUGUCCUAUAUAUCAUCUUUUAAGUUGCCGGUUUACAACGGUCCCCUCUGGGCAUCAGUAGCUCAGGACAGGCCUGGGGAGCCUCUCUUCCAAUAGUCCCAGCCACAAACUGGAGCCAUGGAUCUUUUUCCCGUGAGGAGUCCUCAUUCUCACUAAGUCCUGAUCCAAAGGAAAAGUGAACAGAAACCCAGAUUCCAGCUCUAGAACCAACUGCCUCUGAGCCAUCUCUGCUUUUUGCCAGUUUCCACCUCUGAGCUCCUGACACUGCCACCAGAAAGCAGAGAUGCCGCUUCCGGCUUCCACCUGAUUCACCAUUCAGGAGCCCCACACCCAGUCAGCAGCUUAGGAAAAUCCAGGAAAAGUGGCAGCCAUGCUGGCUAGCUGACUGUGAUUAGAGGCUUACAAGGAGAGGCCGAAACCAGAGUUCCUGUGACAAUGGAUGUCAUCACCCCAACCCUUUCUCAAAUCAGAGAGAGGACUUCGGAGCCUGGCACUCUGCAGGUAACUCUCGGCAGGCUGGACAGAGAUAAAGACCAGAGCAGCAGCAUCAUUUCUGGGUCUGCGGGGCUCCUCACCAUCCUCCUAGUCAUUGCAGUUCUCUGCAUCCUGUGGAACUGGAAUAAAUGGAAGAAGCGGCGAGAUCCUUACCUGCGAGUUACCAACAUGUUCUUCCUGACUCUGCUUCGAUCCAGUCAACGAGCCAAAAAUAUUUAUGACCUCUUGCCCUGGACACAAGAAGAGCUAGGGAGACAUCAUUCGAGGAGUAUCCGUAUAUUCAGUACCGAGAGCCUCUUCUCCAGAAAUUCUGACAGACCUUGCUCUGAGCAUGUGCCCUCCCAAGCAGGCAAUGUCCUCCGGGUGCACAGGGCCCAGACUCACACUGUGCGAAUCUAUGACAAUGCCACCUGGCCCCAGAUGUGUGAGAACCUUACUCCCUCAGCACAGUACGUCAACGUCAGAGCACCUGGAGACCACCCGAGCAACUCUUCAGAGGACUCUAUAGAUUAUGUCAAUGUCCCCACAGCAGAAGAGAUUGCUGAGACUCUAGCUUCUCCCAACAACCCCCCUGGGAACCUCUUUAUGCUUCCAAUUGCCCCAGAGCUGGAAUUUACUGAGGAAGGAGACAAGGGCUGUAUCAAUGUCAGUGACUGCACCAGUUUUUGGUCUCUGGGAACUGAGAAUAAUGAUCCACUCAGUGAUGAGGAAGGUUCUUCUCAGACCUCAGAUGACUAUGUCAACAUGGCAAAGCUGGAUCUUGGGGCUACCCAGGGAAAGCAGCCCUGGGUGUCUUUUCAGUACUCCAGAGAUUAUGAAAAUGUUUCACCAGCAGAUCCUAAUGGAAGCCAGUGUCAGACAGAAGAAGUGACAACCUCAAACACAAACCACGAAGAGGACAGGACAGAUGGUCAAGGGACCCACAUUCAAUUUGCCAUGCAAUCAAGGAGGUUCCUGGAUUUAGGGGAUUACGUGAUUUAUCAGCCAUCUGCACAGAGUGAGGAUAGUCAGGUGAAACAUGAAGAAGAGAUGUCAGAUGAGGACUCUAAUGACUACAACACUGUGCUUGCUGCCAAGUUGGGAGGCAGGGACUCUGGGCAGGAACCAAACACACAGAUACAUGGCUCCUUCCUGAUUAAGAAAGACCCACCCACCCAUCCAGCUGGAAAGCCACACAUAGUCUAGCCUGCAGGAUCCAGGGGACGGCCCUUGACCAUUCUUGUUUCUGUGGAUUUAUUUGGUUAGGCCAAAAAGAGGCUGAGAAGGAGUAGGGAGCUAAGUGGCUCACAAAAACAGAGGUUUUGGAAAGCCAGGAAAAAAAUUAUUUUCAAAUAGGAUACCAUUAUUUCUCAUACUAACCUAAGAAUGUUUCCUAAAACUGCAACUUUUACGACUGUUAAGAGAUUUUUAAAAAGACAUAGAGACAGAGAGAGAAAGAAAGAAAGAAAGAAAGAAAGAAAGAAAGAAAGAAAGAAAGAAAGAAAGAAAGAAAAGAGUACUUCAGUGCACAGUGGAAAUAUAAAGUAGUCUAAAAUUAUUAUCUUCACUAAUACCAGCAAGCUUUAAAGCAAAAAUUCAGAUUAUUUUGUAAUCCAGGCAGAGGCCAAUAGGAAGGGAGAAGUCAGAGUAGGAGAGGGGGACAGUUUCCACUUUAAAAUGAGGAUGGACAACCAAAGCUGGAGAUGUGGAACAAUAGGAACCUCACUCGCUGCUGAUGGGAUUGCAAAGCAUGAGAUUCAUUUUGGAAAACUACUUGUCAAUUUCUCUAAAAAUACACUUAUAUGACCCAGCCAUUUCACUAUUAGGUAUUUACCCAAAUGAAUUGAAAACUUGUCUUCACACACACAAACCACACAUGACUUAUAGCAGCUUUAUUCACAUUUGUCAAAAACUAGAAAUAACCCAGAUGUCCUUCAACAAGUGAAUGGGUAAACUUUGGUAUAUCUAUACAAUGACUAUCUAUACUCAAUAGUAAAAAAGAAAUGAACUGUCAGUUCAUGCAACGACAUGGACAAAUCUUAAAUGCAUUUUUCUAAGUUAAAGAAGCUAGACCUAAACCUCUACUUAUUGUAUGACUCCAUUUAUACGACAUCUGGAAAAGGCAAAACUAUAGAGAUGAAGAACAGAGUAGUGUUUAGCGAGUUUGAGGAAAGGGGACAGGGAGUUCACUACCAAGAAAUUUUUAGGAUAAUGGAGCUGUUCUAUAUGGUAAUGUGAUGGUGCACACAUACUCUAUGCACCUGUCAAAAUGUAAAAAAACAAACUGUAUAGCAUACAGAGUGACUUUUAUUACCUGCAAAUUAAAAAUAUUAACCAGGCUGUCAGGGGAACACAUGAUGAAAUGCAGAUCACAAUAACUGGAUCUGUCUUACAAAUAUAUGAUGUAACCUCAGUGAAGAGGGUGAGGAGAAAGAGAUGGCCUAAUCAACUUUGGAAAAUAAUGUUUUUACUUGAAACUAAAAUGAAGACACAAAGAACUCCAGGAAAGCACUACACUCUAGUUGGUAAAUUUGUAUUCCACAGGAGUGUAGGUUAGCUACUCUGAAACUACUUCAAGUGUAUUACUAAAGUUAAACAAAUAAGUAAGUAUAUUACAGAUGAGGAUCCACAGGUUUCUUACUGUCAGAGAAAGAAGUAACAAAUAAGCAAGUAGCAAAGGCUCCAAUUAACUCUGUGGUGCUGGAAUAGAGUUGGCAGUACAGUUUGAACUCAUGUUUAUAUAUAUGAAUAGAUAUAGAAAUCAAUAUAGAUGUGUGUAUACAUAGGUGAAUAGUCAUACAUUUCUUAGCUUUGCCACUAGAAGGCAUAGAUGUUAUGACUCCCCAGUAGCAAUGAACACACUUAGCACUCAGAGCUUGACUUCUAAAUAUAAUUUUCCAGUAAACGAAACCAGAGCUCCUUGGAGACAGGACUAUUUCUAGGGCUGGAGCAAAGAAAACUAGAAAGGUGGGAAGAAAAAAUGAGAGCAUGUUCAAAGGAGCCAAAUGAAAGAGCUCUCUAAGGCAAAGCUAGAACUAUUUGAGAAAUAAAAGUAAGUAAUUAUAAAAUAAAUUUAUAACCCAAAGAAUAAAAGAAAUAUCCAUAAUUGAUAUCCAUACCAAUAGUCAAAUAGAUAAAAUGAGGAAAAAGAAUCAGUCUUCCUUACAGAUAAAUUAUAAACAAUAAAUAUAGAAGAAAUGAAAGAAAAAGAAAACCACCAUUAAGACCACAGAAUAAUGGCUGGUGGUAAGUCCGGAUGAAUGUUAAAAUUAGUGGGUGACACUUUAGGAGAAAUAAAAUAGUUUUGUAACCUCAAAUACUCUUCCCCCAAAUACUACUGUAAUAAUUUUAACACACAUGUCCACAAACUAUUUGAUACUCCCCCUGGAACUUAAUUCCCCUUUCAGUGUGGGCUGGAUCUAGUGACAAUUUUCUAACAAACAGAAUAUAGAAUGGGGAGAAAAGUAAAUUUAGAGUGGAGAAACUUGGCAGACACCAUCCUGACCACAUGAUCAAGGAUAACUCACUGGCAGUAAGUCAUUUUGCUACUUGACUGAGGAAAAGGGUACUUCACCUCUGUGGUAUUCUUUUCAAAAAUCUAAAACCCAGUCUUAUCAUAAGAAAAAAAAUCAGAAAACCCAAAUUGUAUUGUUGUAGACUGCUCUGCCUAGUUUUAGGAAUUGUAUCUCAAUCCCUUGUGGCUAAGGGUGAAAAACAACCUUUGGAAUGCCAGCUGCAGGAGACAAAGCUUAUCUCUGGUAUCAAAUCUGCCUCAGUUCCUCCCCCUGCCCCCAAAGCUUGGUCGGAAGUCAAUGAAGGGUAAGACCCCUCAAGGUGGGGGGGGGGGCAACCUAAGCCAGACUCAAUCACCUGGGAGGCCUUCAUGGAAGGACUGGGGCGGGGCGGUGGGGGUGGUGGCUGAGACAGAGAGCAAUGGACUCUCGUCCCUGCUUUGACAUAGCCCAGGUCCCCAUGUUCUCUGGGAGAAGCGCUUCCUGGCUCUAAUCUUCUUAAGCCUGAGUACCUGUUGGGGAGAGGUGCAGCUCCUUGCCUUGCUAGAGCAUGUCCUGGGGGGAAAUCUGGCAUCACAAAGACUUCCUGAUAAACCUGUGAAAUCUGCUCUGCUAAGAGUGCUUUUAUUCAUAUGAUAAGGGUCUAAAAGGAAAUGAGUAUGUCUCCCAAAGUUUCUGCAACUCUCUUCCUGACAGACACUGUCUGAUACUAAGCCCUCAGAUUUCUUUAAAAUGUUAUCUACUGUUUAUUAUUUGCUGCCCUGUAUUCCCGUGUAUUACAAUGCAAUAAAAGGCUAUGGAGCAGGGGGCUCAGGGCCUUUGUCUCCCCUGAGAAACUGGCCACUGCCUACUCCUAAGCAGAUCACAUCAUGUCUCUGUCAUAUUCACUUUCAUCCAUGGCACUCGGGGGGACUCGCGGAGAUAGUUGCCCCCACAUUGUAUGACAUCCUACAAAUACCAGAGCAGAGCUCUUAAAAGUGCUGUGAAACACAAAGAACAGCUGAGAAAUUGUCAGAUGGAGGAUACUGAGUAAGUGGAGCAUGGCACCUUGAUUUACUCCUUGGGACAGAAAAAGAACAUUAGCAGGAAAAAAAAGUAUGGAAUUCCCCAAAAGUUACAUCUUAGUUCCCAGUAGUAUAUUAAUGUUAGUUUUUCAAUUUUGAGGAGUAUACCAUGGAAUGGAAGAUGUUAACAUUAGGGGAAGAUGUGUGAAGGGUAUACAGGAACUCUGUACUAUCUUUGUAACUCUUCUAUAAAUGAUUUCUAAAUAAUAAUUUUAAAGCAUGGAUAAAACUGAGAGUAAAGGCAAAAGGAUCAUCCCACUUAAAUAAGUGUGCCUUUGUUUCUUAUUCAGCAAAAUGGGUGUAAUAUAAAGCACAUGCUUGUGUAAUAGUUCUGGGUGUUUGUUUUCUGAAUUGUUUUGCUAGCGUACUUGCUCAGUCUCCCCUAUCUGCAUCCUUUUGCUUGCUGCAUCAUUAAGUCAAACAUACUUUGACUUAAAUACAGUUAAGACCUUUGCAUUCACCUUGGCCCUUAGUACAGGGACCAAGAUAAAGGUAGUUACUGACAAUUGUUGACUGAU